AUGAAGGUCGCUUCCACCCUGUCGUCCACCGGCAGCGCUGCGGUCUUCAUGCACCCCGUCGAGGCCCUGCACGGCGACCUGGGGUUCGUGAGCGAGCACGACUGCGCCCUGCUGUUCUCGUAUUCCGGCGAGAGCAUCGAGGUGAUUCGCUUGGCGGGAGAGUUGCGGCGCAUCGGCUGCGCCGUGGUGGUGAUCACCAGCCGCCGCACCAGCACCCUGGGGCGAAUGGCGGCGGUUUGCAUCGAAACGGGCGAGGUGCGGGAGGCGUGCUAUCUGGGUUUGGCGCCGUCAUCGAGCACGACGGUGAUGCUGGCCAUCGGCGACGCGCUAGCCCUGGCAAUGGCCGAAGCGCAAGGGUUUGGCGAGGCGGAUUUUGGACUGAACCACCCGGCCGGCAGCCUCGGACAGCGGUUCCGCUAUGUGCAGGAUUUCAUGCGGGCCGGGGACAAAACCGUGUGCGUUGAACCCACCGCGCAACUCAAGCGCGUAAUCCAAUUGGUCAGCGACGCCAAAACCGGCUCGGCCAUCCUGGUCGACGCCGAUGGCGCCCUGGCAGGCAUCUUUACCGACGGCGACCUGCGCCGGGCGCUCUUGCAAGGCAGCGAUGUGCUGGAGGGCGCGGUCGAGCAGUUUGCCAGCAUCCCCUGCCAUUUCGUUCUGUACGACACCUCGAUUGCCGACGCGCUCAAGCUCUUCCAGAACACGCAGACCGAGGACCUGCCGGUGCUCGACCCGGAAACGCGGCGGGUUCUGGGAACCUUGUGUCUCAAGGACAUUACGGCCUUCUGA